GCUGGAGCAGUUCCGGGUGCGGUGAGCGCCAGGGGCGAGCGCGGGGCGGCAUUCUAGUCAUGGCCGGCCUGUCGGACGUGGAGCUGCGGCGGGAGCUGCAGGCCCUGGGCUUCCAGCCAGGACCCAUCACCGACACCACCCGCGACGUAUACCGCAACAAGCUGCGCCGCCUGCGGGGCGAGGCCCGGCAGCGCGGCGAGGAGCGGCUGAGGGGGGAGGCCCGGCCGCGGGGCGAGGAGUGCCUGCGGGAGGAGGCCUGGCUGCGCGAGGAGGCGCCGCUGCGUGCCCGGCCCUCUGCGUCUGCUCCGCGGACGGAGCCCUGGCUCUCCUCGCCCGCCUCGGGCUCGGCCUACACGAUCUCUGGGGCCUACGGCGAUCUCGGGGCCUCCACGUUUCCCUGGUCCGGAAGCCGCGGCCUCGCCUACCCCGCCCGCCCCGCGCCGCUAAGGCGCCGCGCCUCGGCCCGGGGCAGUUCCGAGGAGGACGAGGAUGCCAGGCUGCCCAACAGGGCUGCGCCGGGCCCAGGCCUCGGGGUCCGCCGCUGGUGGCCCGCGCCCCCGGUCUCGGCGCGGCUGCCCGCCGCCCCCUUCGGACCCGACCCGCGCCCGGGCCUGCGGGCGACGCGAGCGGUUCCUGCGGGCUCGGCGCGGGCCCGGCCCGAGAUGGGGCGACGACUGGAGCGCUGCCUGUCCAGGCUUCUGCUUUGGGCCAGCCUGGGGCUGCUGCUCGUCUUCCUGGGCAUCCUCUGGGUGAAGAUGGGCAAGCCCUCGGCACCGCAGGAGGCGGAGGACAACAUGAAGUUAUUGCCAGUGGACUGUGAGAGCAAAACAGAUGAGUUCUGUCAGGCCAAGCAGAAGGCAGCCUUGUUGGAUCUGCUGCAUGAGCUGUACAACUUCCUGGCCAUCCAAGCUGGUAAUUUUGAGUGUGGAAAUCCAGAGAAGCUAAAAAGCAAAUGCAUCCCUGUUCUGGAAGCCCGGGAAUACAUAGCAAAUGUGACCGGCAGCACUGUGACCAAGUUUGAAGCCGCGCUGACCUGGAUCCUGAGCAGUAACAAGGAUGUGGGCAUCUGGUUGAAAGGGGAAGACCCGUCGGAAUUGGUGACAACCGUGGACAAAGUGGUCUGCCUGGAGUCUGCCCGCCCCCGCAUGGGUGUUGGCUGUCGCCUGAGCCGCGCCUUGCUCACUGCUGUCACCCACGUGCUUAUCUUCUUCUGGGGCUUGGCUUUCUUAUGGGGACUCCUGAUUCUCCUGAAAUAUCGGUGGCGGAAGUUGGAAGAGGAGGAACAGGCCAUGUAUGAGAUGGUGAAGAAGAUUAUCGAUGUGGUCCAGGACCAUUAUGUGGACUGGGAGCAGGACAUGGAGCGCUACCCCUACGUGGGCAUCCUGCACGUGCGAGACACCCUGAUUCCUCCUCAGAGCCGGCGGCGCAUGAAGCGAGUCUGGGACCGAGCCGUGGAGUUCCUGGCCUCCAACGAGUCCCGGAUCCAGACGGAGUCCCAUCGUGUGGCGGGAGAGGAUAUGCUGGUGUGGAGAUGGACUAAGCCCUCUUCCUUCUCUGACUCAGAGCGAUAAACCCAGGCAGGGACCUGUUCCCAGUCAGCCUGUCCCCGGGACAGCCCGCUCCAGGGCACAAGAGGGCCACCAGACCUGCCGGUGCUGAAUUCACAGUCGCCUUGACUUUUCACCCUCCUCCGGACACGGAUUCCAAAGGUCUCUCUGAAAGACCAGCAGAGACUAGCUCAUUAGGAAAAUGUGGGCUUUCCCUAAGGGCGGAGGGGAGAAGCCAGUGCUAGGCAGGCAGCUUCUCCACAUUGGGCCGAUCCUCUCUGCCCUGCUUUGCUGGCAGAAAAGGGGAGAAGGGUUGGUUUGUCACAAACAGAAAAGAUAAAGGAGCAGCAGCUGUAAAACUGCAGAGGAAGUGUGAGGCUGGGUGAGCCGGAGCUCGCCCACUGCCAGCAUGCCCACACAGCCUGUGAGGCGGGCAGUGCCUGUGGGAGGUGGGUCGGGGAUAGUGGGUCAGGGCAAGCGAGGGUAGGGGAGCAGCUUGGUUUAUGUGCCUUCAUGGGGUGUUACCUGGGGGUUCUAGGGUGAGGGGAGAAACCCUGUCCUCUGGCUGGGUCAGGCCCCUUUCGUCCUGAAGGGAGAAGAUGCUAGAACUGAGUGUAGGAGAACUGUAUAGAAACACUGGGCCCUGACACCCAGCGCCCUCAGGUUGGGAGUGAGCUGCUGGUGUGGCCUCCUGGGAGGAGCCAGGGGUGGGGACCGGCCUGAAACCAAACAGGGCCCAGGCUGCCACACAGCCACCACCUCCACGCCCCCUUUAUGGUGCUUCUCAUAAACAUCGUCAGCAUAAUUUUAGGCCAGACCUGCCGGCACUGGCAUUGCAUCAGGUCGAGAAUGCUGAAUCUCAGACCUCGGACGCCUCAUGCCAGGGCUGAGAACCUCGCACUUCCUGUGCACGAAGACCAGCUUGUUUUACAGCGGCCACAACUUCCCCAGCACAAGAGAUACUACAGGGCCCACCUCCCGCUGCUGGCGGCUCCCAGGGCCCGGACGAGGCGCUAAAGGCUGCAGCGGUGCUCCCUGCUGGUCGCACGGGAGCGGUGCGGGUGCGCAGCCCUUCAUUAGGGCCCUCCCACCGGCACAUCAACCAGCAUCCGCGCAGACGGCCCUCUCCAGAAACAAAGCGGCGGGGGACCUUAUUAAGUGCGAGAGAACCUCUCCAGCAGAGCCUCGUCUCCGUAUGUUCUCAUCUGCGGCAGGAGCGGGGGAGCAAACCGAGGAGACGCAACAGCUGCCUCCAGAAGACAUUAACCUCUCCUUUCUGGUCUUACUGGUAUUUUUUGGUUUCCUUAAUAAAGCUCCGGUCUUCCUCAUUUUAGCAAUACUCUCUCGUUUCCUCUGAUGUCUGGAUGAUCGGCAAGGCUGGACUCAACGUCGGCCCUGUGGCGAUGAAAUGUUCUCAUAAUCAGGCUCCAGCCAGAAGAAUAAGAAACACCAAAACAGGUUUCAGUAUCGGUGUGGAAACUGCUGGAUGAAUAAACUAUUUAUUAAAAA